UUAAGUUCCGCAGGUGAUCCGAGUUUAAUUUAAAAGAACACAUGGUAGCUAGGAAAAGGUUCAGACCUUUGUACAAAUUUUUGUACAGUGGAACCAUUAGGUUUUUCGAGUAGCAACCAACAUUUUCAUAUUGGCUAAUCUCUGAAUUGUAAAGUUUUAAAUGUUCAUAUUUUCAUGUGUUUGAAACUUCAUGCUCUUGAGUCUUCUAAUUUUGGGUUUAGUGUUGUGGUGUAAGAACAGGAGAUUUCAAUAGCAUGGAUCCAUAUUUUCAUAAUUUUGGAGGUGGAAUGGAGAAUCAGUAUUUUCAGUCUGAGCAUCAAUUUUACCCAAACAUGGAUCAACAAAAUAGGUAUGAGUCAUUUUCAAAUGCUUUUAAUGCUAAUUUGGUGGAUAAUUCAUGUUUCAGAUAUGAAAGUGCACAAGUACAAUUUAUUGAGUCAUAUCCAAUCUAUCAGAAUUCAUAUGGGUUUCAAGAGGUUUCAACAUCUUUUAUGCAACAUCCUUAUCAACAGAACUAUUCUCAAAUGAAUGAGUCAACAUGGAAAUUAAAGGAAAUUAUGCAACAAAUGAGUGAGUAUCAAGAGCAGCAAUUCUCAAGGAUACAAAAUAUACAGAGUCAGUUGGAUCAAAUUACAUCAUCCGUCAACCAAUUACAAACACAAAGCGCCAGUGAGGAGGUGGAUUGUGGAGCUCUUGUCAAGCUUGACAUUGCAUCUACUACUUUACUAGAUUCUUUAAGUACUUUUUAUUGUUGUGAUGAUGUAGUUGAACAUAUUUUUGAUUUUACUGAUAUUGUUGCUGUAGAUGUUGAAAAUGAUGCAGAUAUUAUUGUUGAAGAUGAUUUAAGUGUAGGAGAUUACUUACUGGGAGUAUUACCUCAAGAAUCACCAAGAAUAGAGGAUGUAAGCGUAGGGACUUGUGGUACGGAGCCAAGCACCCAAGAAUUACUACAUGAAGAUAUGCAUUCACUAGAACCAGAGCAUGUAUCAUUAUUUGAAGAAAAGGAGGUAACAAACACCACUCUAGGUACCUUUCAACAUGACAAGGUGAGAAUUUUUUGUGAUUUUUCAGAAAAUUUAAUAGAGGUACCAUUUAUUGAUUUUAUUAUAUGUGAUUCAUUAUUUUUUACCAAGAUUAAUAUUCUCCUAUUUUUUUUCUUAUCCUAUAUGCGUAUGUGAGGUGUUUCCUUUUAUUGAUGUCGUAGGAGAAUAUAAGCUUCCGGAGUGGAUGCUUAAAUUGAACCGCCUCCGUCCUCCAGAAAGAAUUUGCGAGGACAAGUGAUGAAUAAAAAGAAGUUGAUUGCAACCAAGGAAUAGGUACUUACUGCAAAGUAGGGAAACACAUCUUGGAAAGUUGUUACUGGAUUUCAGGAAAAAGUUUUGGAAUCUGUAUCAAAAUAUAAAUGCAAUUAGAAGGGGAGAAAUGGGAUUGACUAAAGUCCAAGAAUAUGUGAAAAUUUCAAUUCUGCUCUACAGUUAGUUUUGAGUUUAUGAAACUGGAUUCCCGUAGCUGUUGUUGGAAUUAGAUAUAAUAGAAAUUAUUUCUGAUGUCUGGAUACUUGUUCAGUUAACACUAUGCUAUCUGCAACAGCAAUGCUUCGAUGUUGGUUCACAAAUUAGAAAUGUUGAGUUCUGCAACUAUCCUGAAAUUCUGAUACAAGCUGAGAUUACUUUGAAUUCCAGCUAAGUUGUUACCUCAGAGGAUUGAUACACUAAACAAUCAAAUGCUGAAUGGUAUUCCUGAAAUUAUGAUAAACUGGAAUCUGAUAUCAAAAGCUAUAGUUGGAUCAAAUGGUGUUCUGAAAUUUUGUUGUUGAAGUACAGAUGGAGAAUUAUAGAUGAAUUCUUGAAAUGUUAUUUUGUGGAGUUUUGAAACAAUAGUGCAAGAGUGCUGAUUUUCUGAAAUGAAUCAUGAAUCUAAAUUCAUGAGUUUAAUCUCCUACUUCUGUGAUUCCUGAAAAUGUCACUGGAUUGGUACAGAAUUGUUAAGUUCCAUUUCCACACCAAUCAGAUUGUUGAACCAUAUGUAAUACAAAUCAAAUUCAAAAAGUUUUCAUAGCUGAACUUAUUGUUGGUUGAUUUGGGAAACCUGAAGUUGAAUAACCUUAAUGGAAUUUCCUGGAUUAUCAAUUCUGAUACUCUAGAAUUGGAAGCUGAAUUUCUGAAAGGUAGAUUCUGAAAGUGUGUUUGCUGAGUUCUUAUAAUGCUUUUUGAUCAGUGAAGAAGCUCAAGCAAAAGAUUUAAGAAAUUCCAUUUGAAUCUUUGACUUGUAAUGCUUAAUUUGGAAAUGGUUGCUAAGUCUGAUACUAUAGAUUGGAUUAGAAUAGGAUAUAAAAAGCUACUGUGGGGAGCCUGGAUAUUGCAGAGAACUGCAGAGAGGAACUCAAACUGAAGUAAGCUGAAAUGGUUGCAACUUUGUGGAACAUGAAAUUGUGAUGUAUCAGUUGUUAUAGGUUGUGUGCCAAGCCCUUAUGCGGUUUCGUGCAUGAAUUAUUCACGAAUUAGAAUGGAAUUUCAGAACUUGUACCAUGAUGAAGAGCAUGAAUUUCCAAAGAUGCAGAAUCUGGAAUUAUCAAUUGCACUGCAGUGCAAGAAAUUAGUAGAAUGUUAGUUUAUGAUAAAAAAAAUUGUUAUGUGUCAAUUCUAAUCUGUGGAGUGCCCAAUUAUUUAUGUAAUUUUCUGAUCAUGAAGAAACUAAAGUUCUAAAUCUGGACUGUAGCUCAGGAAUUGUAGAUAUAAUUCCAUCUUAAAAAGUUUCCUAGAUUCAGUAUGAAGGGGUUCUUUGGGUUUUAAAUUUCUGAAACUUAAACUGAUAUUUCAGGAACUAGAAUUCUAGAAUACAGAAGUUGCUGAAUUUGGAAUUGGUUAGCUGCACUUCAAUGGAAUUCUUUUGAAUCUGAA